AUGUUUAACCUCUCGAACUUCGUGCAGAAGGCCCAGCAGCUGCUGGACCCCAUGCAGGGCUUGAAUCUCUCCGACUCGGACCGGAACCCCUCCAAGGCCACCCUCUUCCAGAACCAGUUCCGCCUCCCCUCCUCCCAGCACCCCCUGUACGAGAUCAAUGCCGAGCUCACCGUCCCGCCUUCCAAUGCCACCCAGGGCGGUAAGAACGAUGCUGGGUAUCAUUAUGCCGGGAAGUUACACCUCUCAGAGGCCUACAUGUGCUUCUCUACGACUCCCUCGAGCUUCAUGUCCUCGGCCAGCAGCUCCACCUCGAUGGUAUAUACCGGGCAGACACACGGCGGUGGCCCCAGCGGCAAUGGCUUCACCUUUCCCCUCUGCUCUAUUCGGAGGGUAGAGCGGCUGCACAGCCAAAACUUUCAGUUUGCCCUUGCUAUCACGACGUGGAAUGGCCUGACCCAGACGACGGGGAAAGACAAGGAUAAAGAUCCGCCAAAGGACAACAACAAGGACGUGAGGGAGCAACGCAUAACCAUCACCCUCGCCGGCACACGCCAGGCCUGUGAGCGGUUCUGUGACGGUUUGAAGAAGGGACUCCGUGCUGGCGUCGGUAAUGUCGGCAAGCUGAAGAAGGUCAUGGCUGAGUGCUACUCCGAGUACCUCCUGCGCGCCGAGGACCAGAAGGAAAAGACUCCGCCGGACGCCGGGCUGGGCAUGGUGUUUCGGUACCCAGGUGACCCCAAGAAGCUUCGAGAUAGAGCCAAGAUGCGCCUCUGGGCCGAAUACCUGCGGGACAACGGCAGGAACAUGAACGUGAUCCGCCAGCCCACCUUCCACAAGCUGAUCCGCGUUGGCCUGCCCAACAGGCUCAGGGGCGAGAUAUGGGAGCUGACCUCGGGCUCGCUGUACCUGCGCCUCGAGAACCCGACGCUGUACAGCGACACCCUGAACAAGUACCAAGGACAGGAGUCUCUUGCCAUCGAUGAGAUCGAGAAGGAUCUCAACCGGAGUCUGCCAGAGUACCCCGGAUUCCAGAGCGAGGAGGGCAUCGGCCGCCUACGUCGCGUCCUUACGGCCUACAGUUGGGUGAACGCCGAUGUCGGCUACUGCCAGGCCAUGAACAUCGUCGUGGCCGCGCUUCUGAUCUACAUGUCCGAGACGCAAGCAUUCUUCCUCCUCUCUGCACUUUGCGAUCGGUUGGUGCCCGGAUACUACUCGACCACCAUGUAUGGCACCCUGCUGGACCAGAAGGUCUUCGAGGGCUUGGUCGAGAAGACCAUGCCAGUCCUGUGGGAACACCUGGUCAGGAGCGACGUGCAGCUGUCGGUCGUGUCCCUCCCCUGGUUCCUGUCCCUGUACAUUAACUCUAUGCCGCUCGUCUUUGCGUUUCGGGUUCUCGACGUCUUCUUCGUCGAGGGUCCCAAGGUACUCUUUCAGGUCGGUCUGGCCAUCCUGCGCAUUAACGGCGAGGAGCUGCUGGAUUCGGCCGACGACGGCGCCUUUAUCUCGGUUCUCAAGUCCUACUUCUCGCGGCUGGACGAGUCUGCGCACCCCAAGUCCGAGAAUCCCAAACUACGGGCCGUGACGCGGUUCCAGGAGCUCAUGGUGGUGGCUUUUAAGGAAUUCUCGCAGGUCACACAUAGCACCAUCACUGACCUACGGUUGAAGAACAAGGAUGCGGUUCUCAACAACAUUGAGAAUUUCGCCAAACGGACGGCCAUCCGAAAUCUAGGCCCCGACGCUAAGAUUAUGAGCACAGAUGAGCUUGGUGCCCUCUAUGACAGAUUCUUUGGGGUCUUGUACGAGCGACAGCAGCGCAGCAACCUGCUGCAACAGGAACAACAGCGGAGGGCAAAGACUGGCCGGCCGAGGCUGGGAGACAACAGCAACAACCACCACCAGCAGCAGCACGAGGAGAAGGUCGAGAAAGGGAGGGCAGGUCUUGGCGCCCCGAGCACCUCGGAGAUGGACUAUGAUGCGUUCCGUGAAUUCCUCGCAGGCAUGUCCAAAUGGGCCAUCUCCGACUCGCCGACCACACCGCGCCGGAGUACGUUUUCGGAAAAAGAUAAGCAGGCGUAUUUCAACAGCAUGAAGAAGACAGAUGCCGUGUACAAUGGGCCUUGGGGGGAUGGGCCCGAGCCGGCGGAUCAUGAGUUCCUCCGGAGGCUAUUCAAGCACUGGGAUCGAGAAGGCAACGGCCGCAUCACCUUGCAGAACGUCGUCUCGGGUAUGGCGGGGAUCAAGGGCAAGCGGGACAUCAUGGGCACCAUCACCUACUUCUUUGAGCUGUACGACGACAAUGGAGACGGUAGAGUCGACCGCGAGGGUAUCCUCCGCAUCUCUGAGGCUCUACUUUUCCUCUCCCGCCGUGGCUUGGAAGGCACCCUCAGCCCUUCAGCUUCCUUUAUGGGACUGAACGGACUCCAGGAUCCCAAUGGAGCGCUGCAAAGCCCGGAUGGCGCGUUGCAGGGGGCGUCUAUUAACGAGAGAUUCCUCAGCAGUAUCAGCGCCUUCAUCCAGCGUUGUUUCGAGUACGCGGAUCCUGAUCAUCCCAAUAAUAAAGGAGGCGCAGAUCCGGAGGGGGUUCGAGUUGUACUCAACGCGGAGGAGGAGCCUGUUGAUAAUAGCGCCUUCACGAUUGGAGACGAUGAGGAUGAGGAGGACGAGGAGGAUCUUCUCGACCUCGAGGAACCACCAGAGAAAGACAGCCCUGAGGAGGAGAACAAGAAACAGCCCAAGAAGUCAAAUAUUCCGCCGGCGAUUAAUGUUGUCAACCCCAGCCAUACCACGCCAGCUGCUGCUGGAGGACAACGCAGUGCCUCAAAAGCACAGUCGGAAGCAGCCAACGUGGCUCUCGACCCCUCCAACCCGCUCCACAUGACCCUCCCCACGUUCCGGAUGGUUGUCCUGGCCGACGAGCUUCUCGAGCAAUUUUUCGAGUCGAGCUUCCCGGCAUCCUUCCACAUCAUCGAGGGCCUUGCUGUCCCCAGCACCCCGUCAUCGAACCUGACAACCUUUUCCAGCCUUGGCCAGUCUGCAGGACGCGCAGCCGCAGCAGCCAUGGCCGGACCCUCAGCAGCGGCGGCGGCGGCAGGAGGAGGAGGCCAGCGUGGCCUCCGAGGCGUUCUGGACGGCAUCGUGACCGAUGGCAUGCGAGUGGCGGCCGAGGUCAGGCGGCGCAUGGAGGAAGCUCAGAGGGAGCUGGAGAAGAACGCAGCGCCCGGACAGAGACACUCGCACGAAGAGGAAGACGAUGACGAGGACGGUGAUGUGGAUAUCCAUCAGCUGACGCGCGCGUCGAGCAAGAAGGAUGCGGAUGGGAGGAGCGUACGCAGUGUCAGGAUCGAGGACCGGGCGCUGCUCGAAGGUGCCGACGCCGAGGCU